UAGAGCUCCCAAGAACCUAAUAACAAUGAAAUUCAAGACUAAAUUUGUUAUUUUGGUGUCAGGAAUUUUGAUUUUGAUAAAAUGCAUAUUAUUUUAUAUUCUUUUAAAGUAUAUACACACAGACGAAUUCAACAAAAUCUAUGAUUAUCAAAUAUACACCAGACAAGGUAAAAAUCAAAUCGAAGAAAAUUCAAAAUCAACUAUAUUAAUAUUUGGAAUAAGUUGUCUCACGCUACCUUUAGUGAGUUUAUUGAACAGCCAUACCAUUCAGGUGGUCGAUUGCUUUAAUAAUUCUCUGGCACCCGAAAAUGGAUUCAAUCCUACUUUAAAUACACAACUCAAGGAGGACAUUAUUGAAUCUUUAAAACAAUCAGGUAGUGACAUUACAAUUCUGUCUGAUGUGGAUAAUACAGUGAUCAAAAUGGUGAAUAUUUUAAUAAUUGACAUUGUCAAUACAAAUGGAGAUAAGUUGUCAAAAUUGGCAGCCAUUUUGGAUACAAUUGAAAGGAACUCUGUUAAUAUUACAAUAAUUACCCAUAAUGCAAUGGAUAUUGCAGAAGACAGUUUACCAGAUGAUUGGCAAGGAGCUGUAGAUUAUGUCAUACACAAAUAUAGCAAACAAAAUAAAGUCUUGUUGCUCAAAGUUCCAAUCUUGUUGGGCCCAUAUUGCAUUGGUUCAAAUGUUCAUACUUUUAUAAGAAAUGUGGAGCAUAAUUUUAUUCCUAAUAAAAACAAACAGGAGACAACCAAUAAAGUUCUACACUAUCUAUCCUCCAAAGAAGCUGCUUUUUUAGUUCAGCAUCUUCGUGAAAAUACAGCAACAUUCCAAAGGUCUUCUAUAGAGUGCUACUUACAAGCAAACCUUUCUAUGAUUGAAUCAAUGAUCUUAGAUAUCAUGGGAUAUAAUACAUACACUUCCCAUAAUGCAUUUGCCUCAGCAGACGUCGAAAAAUUAAUUUGCAAUUGUGAUGUAGGUCUUUCAUACAUGGCUCAAACUAAUAUAAAAGAUGCAAUUCUGAAGCAUAUAAUUUGGUUCAAUAGAAUGAAGAAAGAUAUUUAUCCUAGUAAACUCAACUCUGCAGUUUUCAGUACAUAUUUCACAAGUAAACAGGACCCCCAAAGACCGACCAAUCAGAGCACAAACAAUUUCAAGUACUUUGCUGCAUGGUAUUGGAGUCUUCAAGAUGUAGGCAUGAAAGGAUUAAUUUUCUAUGAUAACCUUGACCUCGAUUUCAAAACCAGAGUAGCCAAUGAGAAUGUCUCAUUUGUUAAAGCUGAUCUCGGUCCAAACUCAGUGAAUGAUGCCAGAUUUUACAUUUAUUACGAGUAUGUGAAAAAUCACCCAGAACUAAAAUGGGUGCUUUUCACCGAUAUAGCUGAUGUCAAAUUUCUGAAAAACCCAUUUGAAUUGAUGGGAUUCAUAAACGAGGAUCUGUUAUAUGUAGGUCAAGAUAAAUGUGAAUUUCAGCAAUCAACCUCUAACAUAUGGGUGAAUAAUCUUUAUAAAAACUGUUUAGGAAAAACCGCAAGUGAAAAGGUCAAUGCAAUUCAUAAACAAGAGUUUCUCUAUAAUGCUGGAAUAAUAGGUGGCAGCAGGAGUAUAAUUUUGGAAUUUCUUCAUCAUAUGACGGAGGCAUUCAAUGAAGCCCCUUCAGAUAUGAACUGCGAUAUGGGAAUACUAAACUAUGUCGUUCAUCGAUAUUUUCAGAAACGAGUCUUUACUGGGUUUCCCUUGCAUAGCUAUUUUAGAAUUUUUCAAAUCAACCCAAAAGGUGUGUAUAUUGUUCAUAAAUAAAUUGAAAUAUAUUUAAUCUUAAUCGUUACAUGCUUUACUACACAUCCAUGUUAAAGCCAAGUGACUUGUGAAAUCCAUGUUAGGCCACUACAGAAAAGUAUUUGUUUAACACUGUGCUUUAUCUGGUUUUUGCCUUUCCCUCACUAGUCAAACCCUCCACUCAUUUUGAUUAAACAUAGAUAUUUUGCAAGUCUAGAGAAACAAAAAUCUUGCUAAAAUAGGAUUUUUUUGCUCAUUUAGGAAUUUGCUUAUCUUGAACCAAAUCUUUGUUAUUUGUCUAUAAACAAAGAGACCAAUUAUAUGACAAUAUCAAAAGUUAAACUUUGUAAUGUGAUUAAGGAUAACAAACAAAAUUAUUAAUUCUAAUUAUUCCAAAGAAAAUUGAUGCCCUUUUCUUCCUUUUUUCUCUACUUAAAUGUUCCACUAAGACUAUUGCAAUGUAAUGUGUCAACCAUGCUGCACUCGUUUAUUGUCGUGGUCACAUUUGCUCCAAUUUUUAUUACGGCCGUUUGAGUAUUGUGUUCAAAAUUGUGUUCAAUUUUGAACACAAUACUCAAUCGGCCGGGCGCCAGUGCUGAAAAUCGGAGCAUAUGUGACCGCGACAUAACACAAGCAUGCAUUUCCCCCUUUAUACACACUAACCAGACCUCAACAUACCAUACGCAUUUAAGCAUCUACUUUUGAGCUGAUUAUAAUACAGACCAUGUUACAGACAGGAUUGCUCAAUACAUAUAGCCCAAUUCCUUUGCUAUGUUACUGCCAAGCGAACUCAUGAGAUCUUGUUAGUACCCAUGAUUCAGCCUUGUCAAUAUAAGUGUUUCUAUUCUGCUUUGGUUGCAAAUCUACAGGAUAAUUAGUCUCUCACUUAUACAUCACUUUGUCCUCAUGUUUUCUGUUUCAUCCCUGACAUAAUCUGGAUUCUGAUAUGAGCAGUUAUCAGGGUUCACUCAGCUAAGUUCAAUCCCUGUACUAUCAAAGUGGAAAGCCAGGCUUUCUACUUCCCUGUCCUUCUUGACAGUUAGAAUGCCCUACAGGAUACACUGUAACUUGUAUAUCGUAUUAUUGUGAUCAUCACAUAAAGUCACAUACAUGUAGGGUAAUCCUGAAUAUAAGUAAUCCAACAGUGUACUUAAGAGCAAGUGCCCACUACAUGUGCUAUUUGCCUCACUUCACUUGCUUUUUCCUCAUUUCACCUGUGUUUGCCUCACUUCACCUGGUUUUGCUUCACUUCACCUGCUUUUGCCUCACUUCAACUGCUUUUGCCUCACUUCACCUGCUUUUGCCUCACUUCACAUGCUUUUUCCUCACUUUACACGCUUUUACCUCACUUGGCCUGCUUUUACCUCAUUACACCUGCUUUUGCCUCACUUCACCUGCUUUUGCCUCACUUUACCCACUUUUACCUCGCUUGACAUUUGCAUAUUAAGAAGUAAUAUGUAGGUCACUUAAAAUCAACUUUACUGUAUAUCCUUAUAUGUCGUUCAAGCUAUCACAAAAGGUUGAGUCCGAAGUUUCUUAAUAGUGGAACUUUGCCAAGUUGUAAUUAUAAGUGUCCAUAGGGUCCCUCAUAAAAGUUUAACAGCUCCUUUGUUGGAUAUAUGUACGAUUUUCAGUGCCCUUAAAACCUGGAAAUGUAAACAAUAAUGAUAUAUCAAAACACAAAAUACAAUGAUGAUAUUUAACUUCAAAAUGGUAAAAAUGUGCUCGUAAAGUUUCAAGUUAAAUGGGCGCAAAUUUCCUGGAAUUCUGAUAAAAAUUUGAUAUUAAACAGAAUUUCCUAUGUCAAUAUAGCCACUAUGUCAUUUACCCAGCAUGCCCAAUAUUCAAAUUCAAUA